AUGAUCGGCGGCGGCGGGGCGUUCACGUUCCCGUGGGCGAGCCUCCCGCCGAGCCUCCCGCGACGGACUUCGCGUCGGCUCGUCGUCCUCUCCGUCGGCGCGGGCGUCGCCGCGGGAGUGGGAGUGGGCAUCCAGCGCCGGCAUCCAGCGCACGCGGCGACGGGGACGACCGCGAUGGUGGGCGGCGGCGGCGAGAUCGCCGCCCUGGCGGCGUCGUCGUCCUCGCGCGAAGAAGAUCGACGGGACUCGAGGCGCGCGCCGCCGAGCACGUUCACGCAGGCGAUGGCGGGCGCGUUCGCGGGGAUGGUCUCGCGCGUCGCCGUCGCGCCGUUGGACGUCGUGAAGAUCCGGAUGCAGGUCCAGGUCGAGCCCGUCGGUUUCUCGGGGUUGAACGCAAACGCGGCGGCGACGGCGACCGGCGGAGGAGGAAAAUACCGCGGGAUCGCGCAGUGCGCGAGGACGAUCUUGCGCGAGGAGGGUCUCCGCGGGCUGUGGGCGGGGACGGUCCCCGCGUUAUUUCUGUGGGUGCCGUACACGGCGAUUCAGUUCGCCGCGCUCGGCGAGUUCCGCAAGGUCGCGUCCGCGGCGGGGCAGAACCCGACGUCGCCGGCGAUGUCGUUCGCCGGCGGCGCGAUCGCGGGCGCGACCGCGACGGUCGCGACGUACCCGUUCGACGUCAUGCGGACGGUCUUAGCCGCGCAGGGGUCGCCGCGGGUGUACGCGUCGCUCGCCGACGCCGCCGCCGGCAUCGUCCGCGACCGCGGCGUCCGCGGGUUAUACGCGGGCGUGGGCGUGACGUUGAUCGAGAUCAUCCCCGCGAGCGCGAUACAGUUCGGGUCGUACGCCGCGAUGAAGCGGACGGCGAUGCGAUGGGAGCAUGGGAAGGAGGAGACCGACCAUGGUCAACAACCUUCUUUGAGCGGGUUCGCGAACGGCGCGUGCGGGUUCGGCGCGGGCGUCGUCGCGCGUCUGAUCAUCCACCCGUUGGACGUCGUGAAGAAGCGGUUUCAGGUCGCCGGGCUGGCGCGGUCGCUGCGGUACGGCGAGCGGGUCGCGAUGGACGGGGAGGCUUUCAAGAGCAUCGCGGGCGCGAUGCGGCGGAUACUCGCGAAGGAGGGGGUGGGGGGGUUUUAUAAGGGGUUGACGCCGGGGUUGAUCAAGAGCGCGCCGGCGAGCGCGAUCACGUUCGCCGUGUACGAAGCCGUGUUGAGGUUGAUGUGA